AUGCAGUUCUCCUUCCAGAAGCUAAAUACAAGUGAAAUAAAGAUAGCGGAAUACCAUUAUGAUAUUCUCCAUACAACUGGGUCAAAGAUAGCAGAAUACCAUUAUAGUAGUCUCCAUACAACUGGGUCAAAGAUAGCAGAAUACCAUUAUAGUAGUCUCCAUACAACUGGGUCAAAGAUAGCAGAAUACCAUUAUAGUAGUCUCCAUACAACUGGGUCAAAGAUAGCAGAAUACCAUUAUAGUAGUCUCCAUACAACUGGGUCAAAGAUAGCAGAACACCAUUAUAGUAGUCUCCAUACAACUGGGUCAAAGAUAGCAGAACACCAUUAUAGUAGUCUCCAUACAACUGGGUCAAAGAUAGCAGAACACCAUUAUAGUAGUCUCCAUACAACUGGGUCAAAGAUAGCAGAACACCAUUAUAGUAGUCUCCAUACAACUGGGUCAAAGAUAGCAGAAUACCAUUAUAGUAGUCUCCAUACAACUGGGUCAAAGAUAGCAGAAUACCAUUAUAGUAGUCUCCAUACAACUGGGUCAAAGAUAGCAGAACACCAUUAUAGUAGUCUCCAUACAACUGGGUCAAAGAUAGCAGAACACCAUUAUAGUAGUCUCCAUACAACUGGGUCAAAGAUAGCAGAACACCAUUAUAGUAGUCUCCAUACAACUGGGUCAAAGAUAGCAGAACACCAUUAUAGUAGUCUCCAUACAACUGGGUCAAAGAUAGCAGAACACCAUUAUAGUAGUCUCCAUACAACUGGGUCAAAGAUAGCAGAAUACCAUUAUAGUAGUCUCCAUACAACUGGGUCAAAGAUAGCAGAAUACCAUUAUAGUAGUCUCCAUACAACUGGGUCAAAGAUAGCAGAAUACCAUUAUAGUAGUCUCCAUACAACUGGGUCAAAGAUAGCAGAACACCAUUAUAGUAGUCUCCAUACAACUGGGUCAAAGAUAGCAGAAUACCAUUAUAGUAGUCUCCAUACAACUGGGUCAAAGAUAGCAGAAUACCAUUAUAGUAGUCUCCAUACAACUGGGUCAAAGAUAGCAGAAUACCAUUAUAGUAGUCUCCAUACAACUGGGUCAAAGAUAGCAGAAUACCAUUAUAGUAGUCUCCAUACAACUGGGUCAAAGAUAGCAGAAUACCAUUAUAGUAGUCUCCAUACAACUGGGUCAAAGAUAGCAGAAUACCAUUAUAGUAGUCUCCAUACAACUGGGUCAAAGAUAGCAGAACACCAUUAUAGUAGUCUCCAUACAACUGGGUCAAAGAUAGCAGAACACCAUUAUAGUAGUCUCCAUACAACUGGGUCAAAGAUAGCAGAACACCAUUAUAGUAGUCUCCAUACAACUGGGUCAAAGAUAGCAGAAUACCAUUAUAGUAGUCUCAAUUUACGAGAAAAAUUGACAGCGAAAUAUCACUAUAACAAACCCCUGUACAAGAUGAAAACCGAUAUUGGAGUAUUAUUAUAA